GAGCGCCUGCGCAGCGUUCCGAGCCUGCCUGGGGCUGCGGCUUCCUCCCGCGGGUUUUGCCUGCGGGUCAGCUGGGUCCUGAGUCCGGGAGGCUGGGGAUUGGGGGUCCGGGGUCGGCGCCGAGCGGUCGGAGCGUGCCGGAGCUGGGAAGGGGCCCGAGGAGGCCGGCCGCAGCCACGUCACGCCCGAGGUCACGCUGCAAACGGCAGCUGUAGAGAUUUCGCUCUAACAGCGGGCUACCUGGACUUUGCUGCCAUCAAGCCCUGGAGGAUCUUCUGCUGUGAGGAAGUGCCACAACUCUGACCCACAAGGCCUGGAAAGAGAAGACCUUUAGGUUGUGGAGGGGGUCUUGUCUGGCUCAGUUUCUCUUUAGGCCCUGGCAGACCUGGGGUGGACUUGCCCCCCUCCGACAGGCCCAUGGCGCAUCGGCUGCAGAUACGACUGCUGACGUGGGACGUGAAGGACACACUGCUCAGGCUCCGCCACCCCGUAGGAGAGGAAUAUGCCACCACGGCCCGGACCCACGGGCUAGAGGUGGAGGCCGCCCGUCUGGGACACGCCUUCAGGCAGGCCUACAGGACUCAGAGCCACAGCUUCCCCAACUACGGCCUGAGCCAGGGCCUCACCUCCCGCCAGUGGUGGCUGGAUGUGGUCUUGCAGACCUUCCGCCUAGCAGGGGUUCGAGAUGCCCAGGCUGUGGCCCCCAUUGCUGACCAACUAUACGAGGACUUCUGUAAGCCCUGCAGCUGGCAGGUGUUGGAGGGGGCCGAAGCCACCCUGAGAGGGUGCCGAAAACGGGGUCUGAGGCUGGCCGUGGUCUCCAACUUCGACCGGCGACUGGAGGCUAUUCUGAGGGGGCUGGGCCUGCGGGAACACUUUGACUUUGUGCUGACCUCCGAGGCUGCCGGAUGGCCCAAGCCUGACCCCCGUAUUUUCCACGAGGCCUUGCGGCUUGCUCAAGUGGACCCGGCAGUAGCGGCCCACGUUGGGGACAGUUACCACUGUGAUUACAAGGGGGCACGGGCUGUGGGUAUGCACAGCUUCCUGGUGCUUGGCCCAGAGACUUUGGACCCUGAAGUCAAGGGUUCUGUACCCCAAGAAUGCCUCCUCCCCUCACUGUCCCAUCUCCUGCCUGCCCUUGACCGCCUGGAGGGCUCACCUCUGGGACUUUGAGUAUGAUGAGGGAAGUGGCUCCAGCAAACUCUGGAGAUAGAGAGCUGCUUCCUUCCUGAGAUCUGGCCUCUGCCCCUCUCCCUGCGGCGUCCCAAUGCGAUCUGACUAUAAAGCCGAGAAUGCGGGGUUUGAGCCCCUCUCCACGCCUCCGCGGUGGUUUACUUGCCACACCUGUGUCUCUCCCAGCCUUCCCACCCCCCACCUACAAGAGUCACUGGGGCCCAGCCAGCUUCAAAAUCAGGCACGGUCGAACUUUGUUUUAGCAGCAGGGCGCUUUCGUCGGGGGAGGGCUGACUGGAACCCCAGGACGCCAAACAGCAAAAGCAAGAAACUGCUAGGGUCGAGACAGGUUCUAGAGCCCCUCAGUCGGGCCCUGAAGCCUCUACAACUCCCAGUGGGUAGCAGGAGAUCAGAGGACCUUAGUUUGGAAAAUGGGUGCUAAGCUGUGCUGUGGGGACAUGUCCUCUACGACUAUAUAGUGCGAACAGGAUUUCAGACGAGGAGGGCCAUCAUUACGUCACGAGAAGAUGCUCACUCGUGCUUGCCAGGUGUUGGUCCUUUAUGUGCAUAUAUAACCCUCAGAGCUUACGUGACAGACAGAGGUAGUGGGACCGGCACUUUACAAAUGAGAAAGAGAUUCAGAAGGAGCCUGCCAGCGGUCACAGCUAGUAUGUGAGAGAGCCAGGGUUCCAGUUUAGGACUGUCUGAGUCGAAGCCCUUGGCUUGACCACUAAGUUGCAAGGAGAGGGCUGUGUCCCUUGAGACAGUGCAGUGGAGAUCCCGGGAGAACAGGAAAGGUGUUCUACAGGUCAGUUUUGAAGGGCACCCCACUCAUAGGUGUUAGCACGGAGGUAGGAGAGCACAGGGAACAGGGACCAGAGCUUGAGGUGGCAGGAAUGUAGGACACAUGGGGGGAAUGACGAGACUGAAGGAAGUAGGCUGAGUUUUUAAAAUUCCAUGUCUCUUCCUGCCUCUCCCCUCUUCACACUCCUCUCCUCUCACACCUGCUUGGUAUUUACCAGACUCUUCUAUUCCUUGCCUACUGCCAGGCACAUAACAUGGUGUUUUGUUCUGGUGCCAGCCACCAGGGAGGGCUCCGGAGUGGCCCUGAACUGCGGUGACAUUUAGGUGGGCAGGGAGAAUAAGACACGCAUUCCUGGCAGGAGGCCCAUCAACUGUGGACUGAGGGCUACCGUGGGGAGUUAGAUUGGCAGUUUGGGGAGCAUUGGGGGGGGCUUCAGGUGCCAAGUAGAAAAGGUGGGCUUUGGCCCAGGAUUCUGGGCAGAGACAGUGUCCCUGUGAGGGGAGAGAGGCCAGACUUCUUCCAGGUCUGUCUGCCUCGGACAUUAAUUCCUGGGUAUCAGGCCGUGAACACGUGGGUUGUGAGCUGUGUUCACAGAGCUGCAAGGGCCUCAGAAGUCAUCUCAACCAAAAAAGUUGCCAUUCAAUCUGUGGACUGGAUUUGAUCUACCCAGUGGUUGGAGUAAAUUACUGAGCAAACUUAAGAGUGGGGAGGGCUCUGGCCCCCAUCUUUGAGCCCAGGGGCCUGAAGUUGUAGGUAAGAUUGCCUUUGAACUGUGUUCCUAAAUAAAAGAGAAAUGUGAGGACCACUGUUCUACUGUGACCUCAGAGAACAGGAAGGGAUUUGCCCCUGGUUCCAGCAAUGCAGGGCCCAGAACCAUCUCGGUGCUCGUUCGGCUGCGUAUGCUGAGCUGGAAAUGCGGAGGAGGGUGAGGAAGAUCUCUCUUUCCCAGCAAGCGCACCUCUUAAAUGUGAGCUGGCAUUUGGGGGAUUUGCCCAAUUUCCCACAAAGAACAUGGAAGGAACUUUCCAAUCUUUUAAAACCUUUAAUAACAUACAUGUUUCCUAAGUCUGGCCCUCCUACUCCCUCAGCUCUCUGGGGUUGGAAGCCCUCACUCCAGGUCUCCACAUUAUGUCAGGAGAGGAGGGCAUGAGCUGCAGGCCGGGAGCGGGAGGGGAGGACAGUUUGUCCCUGUGACCACGGGUGGGCACAGCUGAGCUCCACUGUCAAGCUCGAGGCAGAGCUGCCAAUGGGGGCGUUGUAGUCAGGUUACCUCCGGACACGUUCUUCUGUCUUCUGAGCCGCCAGGCUGGACCUGCUGGGGGGACACAGCACCCCGCACCCAGCCCAGAGUCCUCUGGCGAAGAGCAGCCUCGCAGGAGUUCUGAAUCCCUUUCAGGUGGUUCUCGUGUGCUAGAAAGAGAUGUUCUCUCUGUGCUGUGUCAGGAAAAGGACUGAGAAGCACGGAACUGAGGAGAUGAAAGCUUCCAGGCUUUUCUGCCAGAGCCACUUCGACCUGCUUGAAGCCGGGGGGGCAGAGGGCUGGAAGGCAGUGCUUCUCCAGAAGAGUCUACCACACACACACAGGCUCCUUUCCAUCCAUCCAUUCGCUCGCCAAAUAUUUAUUGCAUAAUCUGUAGGCACCAGGCACCGCGCUGGUUGCCAGACGCGACGUGGUGAACAAGACGGCCUCAGAGGGGCAGAUGCCUAGUGGGUUUGGGAGACUAUGCUCCCCACAGACACCCAGCAUGUCACAGCUGAACCCAGACCAGAAACGGAUCCCUACCCCUCCCAAAGCUGCCCAUCGGGCAGAGGCAACAUGGGGGGGGGGGAAGACACUGGGUAGGAACACGGCCUGGAGGCAUGGUGGGGAGUAGACCGGGACGCCCGGUGGCCACGGGUCAGCGGAUGAUGGAAAUGGUCUGGUCGGCCACCGCAAAGACUGGGAAGAGGGGCCCUGAAAAGGGCGCGUGGUGGCUGUGGAGCACCGUGCCUGAGGCCGGCUCAUAGAAGAGCAGUUCGUGCGCCUGCAAGUCUAGAAG